AUGUCUUCCUACUAUCAACAUUUCAACGCUCAUCAACAGCACACAGCCCCUUCAAAUGUUCAGAGUGGAACAGUACAUAACCGAAGUCGCCGAAAUGCACGUCUACCACAGAACAACCACAACAGAAACCAGAAGGGUGUGAAGCGUGAGGAGGAGGCUGCAGCGGUGAUAAUUUAUCGCCGAACAUUUGAAUAUGCUCGAUCAUUUGAUUUAGAAGAUGAUGCAGAGUUCUGUCCUAAUAUCUUGACGGAAGAAGAUAUGGUAUCAAUGAAUGGUUCUGGCUCUGAUCGCUCUUCGUUGGCCAGUGGAUCUCCCUCAAGUUCGCCACCCACAACAGUGGUAUCGCCUGCUACGAACUUCGCAUUCAAUUCCAAUUCUCAUCCAUUCAUUCAUUCCGGUUUCAAUAUUUCACCAUUGAAAAUUCAUCAACCUUCUGCUACACGUAUUGGGAGAAACGCUAUUCCAAUAGUGAAUCCGAAUGAUGGAGGAUUGAUGUCGAGCCCGCCAACCUCAGUAUCACCCACCAGAAUGCAACAACAUCAGCAACAAGCAAGGGCUCCUGUCCGAUUUUAUUAA